GUUUUCCAUGAGCUGGGGUUGCACUUGAGAGUGUGACAGCGAGUGAGAGAAUAAAGUGAAAUGCAGAGUGAAGAGCUAUUCAAAUGCUAUUUUUAUACCUACUCCAGGCAGCUCUCUGUUUAAGACAGGGGUUUGUUCCCAAAGCGGCUUUUCCUCCUGGGAUUCUGUGAGGAACGGUGUGAUGAGACAGAGACGGAGUAGGGGUAGGAGCAUAGAGAGAGAGAGGAGAGAGAAUCCCAAGCAGAUUCCAUGCUGUCACCAAAGCGCCUGAUGUGGGCCUCCAUCCCAUGAACUGUGAGAUCGUGACCUGAACCAAAACCAGGAGUUGAACGCUUAACUGAUUGAGACUCAGCAGGUUCCAGAGGGUAGAUUUACAGCAAGUUCUGCUGCUGUGACUCCACAGUGACUUCUCUGCCAUUCAGUGGGCCGUGACUUGAGUCAUCUCCAAAAGAUCUGGAUCUCAGCCCUAGGAGAAGUAGCUGCCUCUUAUCUCUGCUAUUCUUAUGAAUCGUUGUUCUUGGGAAGAAUCCACUCUGACUCUCUCAGGGUCUUGAUCACACACCAGAUGUCUAGUAAACAACUCCAGGCUUCCACAGACCUAUUCAUCAGACCGUUCAGGUGGCACAUGAUUGUGAUUGUGGGAUCAGUCAUUGCAAUUUGUAUCUUGUACAUCAGAGUUUCCUGGCCUAACAGCAUGGUCCCUCUGCCCCCACAGCCCCGCCCCGCCUGCAAGUCCUCUGGCUCUCUCCCCAAGGAGCUCUUGGACCUGACCCAUCUUCUGCACUGGCCUCCCACCCCAGGAGAUGCGGGGGACCUUUUGGCCUCCACCAGUCCCCAGACUUCCACCUACCACCUGAGGGAUCGUUCCCAGGCCAGCUACACCCUGGGAGGCUCCCUAGAGGCCAUCCUUGUCGCCAGAGACCACCAGGGCAGGCCCAAGACCUGUGGUGGAGAUCUGUUUCGGGCACAGCUGCUGGGUCCCCACCUGAAGGCAGGAGUCCCUGGGGAUAUCCAGGAUCUGGAGAAUGGCACCUACCUGUUGUCCUUCCCUCUGCUGUGGGCUGGGCAGGCCCAGGUGCGAGUGCAGCUGAUCCACUCCAGCGAGGCAGUUAGGGUCCUGCGGGGAAUCUGGAGAGACCAAUGGGCCACAGUUGAUUUCAUGGGCUAUUUCCGAGGACCCACAGGAUAUGAAGAAAUUGUGACUUGCAAUGUUAACCCCCUGCUAACUGGGGAGGAAGAGUCUACCUGUCACUACAAGGAUGAAGAUUCUGGUGAGCUCUGGUUCUGUGCUCGACCCCCAACCCUGCCCUGCAACUCACUGGUAGGGCAUUCAAGUGGACAUUACUGGAAUGUGACGACACCACACGAGGAGGCCCUGCUGGCAUGGAACGUGACAGACAAGGUCCUCCCUCAGGGUAUUUCUCCAAUCUGGGUGGCCAAGGAGAGCAACAAGAGUCUGGUUCUGUCCCCUCGACAACCAUGCCACCCUGGGAUCCCAGGCCCAAAGCCCUCUGGCUUCUACCACCAAGAUGUGUGGCACUCACUGUCCUGCUCCGGACGCUCCUUCUCCACUGUUGACAGCAUCCUGGGCUGCCUGGCUGGUCAUGUCGUCCACAUGAUGGGGGACUCCACACUUCGGCAGUGGUGGGAGUACCUGCGCGACACUGUGCCCUCCCUGAAGCCUAUGGAUCUACACACCACAUAUCAGACGGGGCCCCUGAUGGCGGUGGAGACCGCUCGGGGCAUAGUGCUGCACUGGCGGGCCCAUAGCUGGCCCCUGCGCUCCCUGCACACACCAGUGGCCUCCCUGCACUCUGUGGUCCGGGAACUGGGGGGCCUGGCCGGGGGCCCCCACACAGUGGUGGUGCUGGGCCUGGGCGCCCACUUCACCACCUUUCCCCCAUCUGUCUUUGUGCAACGACUCGCAGGGAUCAGGGCAGCCGUGGCUGCGCUGCUGGCCCGCGAGCCCCGCACUCUCGUGGUCAUCAAGCUGGCCAAUACCGGCUACAAGUCUGUGUAUGGCAGUGACUGGUUCACCCUCCAGGUGAACCGGCUUCUCCGAGCCGCCUUUGCUGACCUCCGUGUGGCCUUUGUGGACGCCUGGGAAAUGACCUCCAGUCUGGCUCUGCCCGACAGGAUCCACCCAGGGCGGCUUAUUGUCCGCAAUGAGGUCAACUUCCUCCUGUCCUUCAUUUGCCCCAUUUGAGCGCUUCUGCGGGUCCUGGGCUGUGUGGAUGGAGGCGCUGGUGUGAGGAUCAAGCCUGGAAGCCCUUCCCCUCAGCUGUCUGUACCUCUUCUCUUAACUUUUUGUUUGUUUGUUUGUUUGUUUGUUUGUUUGUUUGUUUGUUUUGGAUGAGGGAAAAAAAGAUUUUUUAUUGUAUUUUAAUUCAAACUUAUUGGGUUCCUGGUGAGUUUUAAAUUUAAAAUACUUUAUUAGCCAAUUCUCAGCAUUGGUUCUAUGAAUUGUUCAUCUCAUUUAACUAUUUUUCUCCUAGUUCUUUAGUGUUUUGGGUUUUUUUUAUAAUUUAAC